UGGAGAUAGACCUUACCAACAAGACCUUGAAUUUCGACACCGUGCCACCUUUUCCGCUGACGAGGAGGUCUGCCAAGGUCCCCGACUUCGUCUAUGGCUUAUGUUACCAGCUUGCUGAUCAUAUCAACAUACCUAGUACCUACACCUUUCCUGGUAUAGGUAAAGUCCUGAGCUUCCUUAGACCGCUGUUCCCUGAUAUCAGGUCUAUGGUCACAUACAUGUGGAUAGUAGGCAACGCUGCUAGGAAUCCGGUAGCGAGGCUAAGAUGCCUAAUGCUCUGCGGACCUGGAGGAGCGGGUAAAAGUACCGCUAUAAGAAUGGCAUCUGCAGCACUGUCUGGUUGCCUGGGCCUGCUACCAGACAACAUACUGACUAAGACAUAUGAGGGGGUAGAGGACAGAGUAGCACAGGUGAUAGUAAGGUCUAGGAUGGUAUCAUGCUACGAACUAGACUUAGACAACAAGAAAGUCAACAUGUCUAUGUUCAAGAACGUGACAGGUUCUGACAUAGUAAAAACGUGGUAAGAGAUCCGGAGUUCAUGUCUGACGCCCUGAGCAGACGUAUGAUCUGUGUCAAGAUGGACGUAGACACGGCAGAGGCUGUGUUCGAACCCGAUCCUAGUGAUCCAGUUGUCAAAAUGGAUUUUUUGUGCUCUUGCUUAUAUAUCAGGAUGAAGUACGACCAUGUGCCUAUAUCUCCAGAUAAUUUACUGAUUACACUAUGCGGAUCGCUAUAUUUCAAAGCUUUAGUGUUGGUGACAGAGGUACCCGUGGGAAGCGUAAGCAUGCUACAAGGAAGGGAAGUUCUAGGCUUAUUAUCGGGUUUGCUAGGGACGACACCUACGAGACUUGUAGAUAGAUGCAGACUUAUCUUUAUGUCAUGUGUCGAGAACACACCCAUGGGGUUUAUAAUGAGGGGUAUCAAAGCUACCGGGAACAAAGAUCUCUCCUAAAGGUACAGAUGCAACGCCGGAGGCUGUUGCACAACGUCACAGUCCAAACAAGCUGUACCAUUUCAUAGACUUGUUUUCACCCUUGUCACGCAACAAAAUGUCUUAUAACGUUGAUAACACCAAUCUUACAGAUACCUACGAGGAGGAAGAGGAAGUAGAGAUCACCGAUGAUGAAGCAGGCUCCGUAAAUGGCGAGCAAUAUGAAGGCGUAACGACCCCUCCAGGUUCCGUUGCAACGCCCGGAAAGGUCAAGCCUACUGAAGAGGUUAAGAACAUGAAGAUGUCUUCUCCUCAGACGACCGCAGGCACCAAGGCCAAGGGCCAAGGUCUUCCUUCUAACAAGAACCCUUUCACCACAUACGGAAGCUGGACAGAGGACACCAUGUCACAGAUCGAAAUUGUGGUACCUGUCCUGACAGGCAAGAAUGAGAGCACCAACGAGCUCACCAGGAGCACCAAGCCUGAGAUGAGAUAUUGGAAGGCACCCAUCGUCUUUAAGUAUGGAAACUAUACUAGCACCACCAUGCCUUUUGACAAUGUGCAGAUUCCUUACCACACAGGUAAAGGUUACGGUUCUAACUUCGUCUACAUAUGCUUGCCUGGCUUCGCGGCAUCCAAGUUCUCUGAAGCUGCAAAGGUCAGGCGUCCCACAGUGGUCAAUGAGAAGAGCCUUCAGCCGGACAGAAACCGCUGGUGGAAAGUAGCCAACAAAGUGGAGGAGUCUUUUGGUGUCGUCAACGCUGAGACCAAGAGAUUUCAGAAGAAGAGCUUGGAAGUCAUCUUCGACGCCACUAACUCGGGCAUCUCUGCCUCCGUGAUCUUAUCGUUCAUGUCCAAGGCCAACACUGAUUCUAUGGAGCCUCUCAAGCCUACCACCAGCUGUACAAUCUCUAUCAACCUGGAGAGAGCUUUCUAUAUAAACGUACGCCUAUAA